AUGGGUUGUGAUCCUUUUAAUUGUUUUAUUACUAAAACUAUAACCACUGAAGAAACAGGAUGUGUAUUACCAUGUGGCCAUGCAUAUCAUAACACAUGUUUUAACCAAGAUGGAAGUUUACAUCAAAUUAAUUUGAAUGGUAAUGCUGAAGGUGAAGAUCCUGAUUCUAUUCUUGAAGGUGAUAAUGAUGACAUUAAAGAAUCUGCAGAUGACAUUUUAGCCCCAUGA